CUCUCACAUUCAUUCCUGUCUCUUCCUGAACUCCUUCAAAACUCCCAUACUCCCGGGUACUCUUUUUUUACCUUCUCCAUUCAAUCUCAAACCUUUACCUUCCUCCCUCUAAUGGCUACAAAUUCUACUCUAGAACCAUCAGAAGCACUGAAGUAUCAGACAUGGGUCUUGAAGGUUUCUCUCCACUGUGAAGGUUGUAAGAGGAAAGUCAAGAAAGUUCUGCAGAGCAUUGAUGGUGUUUUUUCCACAACCUUUGAUUCACAGCAGUACAAAGUUACGGUGACAGGAAACGUCAGAGUUGAGACCCUGAUUAAGAAGUUGGUUAAAACAGGAAAACGCGCCGAGAUUUGGUCAGAAAAUAAGGUCGGGAAAGAGAAGAAGUCCGGGAGAGCAACGAACAAGUACAAAGAUGGUGACCCACAAAGUGGCAUAAAUUACAAUGUUCAAAAAGUUGAGAAUCCAUGCGAGAAAGUUGAAGAGAAGCAUAGCUCUGCUAAAAAAAGUGGAAGCAAAAGUGGAGAGAAGUCGCAGGUAAAUCAUACAGCCGGUGAGGAGUCGCCCGUUGCGGGUCACAAGGGCAGUGAAAGUGAUGGCGCUGCUGUGCUUGCUGCAAAAGGUUGUGGUAAAAAGAAGAAGAAAAAAGGGCAUGAAAGUAAUAAUGAGAGCAGUGGUCAGGGUGCACUAUUCUUCGGUACGCCUGCAGGCACGAAAUCUAAAAUUCAUGAUCCGGGUAUGAAUGAUGGUGGUGUGCCCCCGCUAAAUCCCAGCCCUACACGUCAACAAUCAUGCCAGUACCUACAAGCAAAUUACCCUCAGCCGGAGUAUAUUGCAAGUUACAACAUGAUACAUCCUGCCCAAAGUUUCGGUCCCUCUUAUUGUGUUCCAUCAGUACCGUACACGUACGCAGGUGCCAACCACGAGAUUUAUGCAGUGCAAGCAGCACCGUUGGAUUCGUUUGGGAUUUUCAGUGAUGAAAACGCCAAUGGGUGUUCCAUCAUGUGAUCGACUUUGUUGUGGGAUCGAACGGUGGUGGGUAGUGUUGGAAUAGUCCUUUGACUUUGCGUUCAGAUAAAUAGAAUUGGUAACAAAAGCAACCAUUUUGGAACUCAUAUUGCUAUAUGCAAAGUUGGUUAGAAUGUUUGUCAGGGGAGAAUUGUAUUUUGGGCUCAAAUGGGUAUGUAAUUUUUAUGGAAUUCAGCUCUAGGGACUUAAGUAUUGUGACUU